AUGCUGUCACAACUACAAAUUGCCGAAAAAUGUAUUGAAAAACUAGCAAUCAAAUUUAAAACAAAGUUAAAUAUGGAGACAACUUUGGAUUCGUCUUUAGUGGCGCAAUCCAUCAAUUACCAUGGGCAACAAUUGCAAAAAACGUGGGAGUCAGAACGAGGAGAAGAUGAUUUAUCGAAGAUUGGCGUGGGUGCUUUGGAUUUCGCUGUAUACCAAUCGCGGCACAAGCAUCUUACAUUCCAAGAUCGUAGCAAGCGUCUGAAGCUCCAUCAGUUUAUUGCUAAAGAAGCAAACGCAUUAUUUGAUGCAUCCUUGAUGGAGGAAACUCCAUCUUCAUCCAGCAUAGGGGUUGACGCGACUGCACCGGAAGACAAUUUAUAUGCUUUGAUGCCACCAUUUGAAACAUUCUUAAAUGUUGAUAAAUCUGCAAGAUUAAGACAUUUUUUUGAAAAUGUCAAGACGGGAGAACUUAUCAUUGGAGCUGUCAUUAACCGAACUCAAUCAGGCAUGAUGCUCAAGGUUUUGUGUACAGCUGGUCCUACUUCCAGAUUUGUUGCAGAUAUCAAUGUGAAGGCUUUCCUUCCUGUUGCAAACAUUAUACCUGCUGUGGACAAGAAAAAUGUUUCAAGAAGUUACCUGAUGAAUGACACUGUCUGCUGUGAAGUAAUAGAAGUAAUCCCAGAUACAGACAAAAUGGUGUGCGGUAUGAAGGGUGUUACUCGCGGCCCUGAUGACCCGCCGCCAAAGCCGCCUCUAGGACUCCUCAGCACUGACGACUUUCCUCUUAUUUACAAGAAAACAUUGGAUAUGAAGGGAGAAAGUUAUGAAGCUAUUUUAGAGAAGAGCCCUGGCUUCAAUAAUCCAAACUGCGUCCAAUAUCUUUCUGAACUUCUUGGAAUUGCCAAUAUGCAUUGCACAAAUUUUGCAUCCCUAAGAGGAGGAUUCCAAACAUCAGAAUAUGCAGAUGAACUUCGGCAAGCUCAAGCAAGCAAGUGGGCAUUCCGUUCUGUUGCUGAAGGUAUAGAACAUUUUAAGGCAGGAAGACAUUCAGAAGCAUUUCAAUGCCUCAACAAAGCACUUAGUAUUGACCCUAGAAAUGUUGAAGGACUUGUGGCAAGAGGAGCUUUAUAUGCAAAUAGUGGAACAUUUAAAAAAGCUAUAGAAGACUUUGAAACAUCACUGAAAUUAAAUCCAAAUCAUGCUAAUGCCCGCAAGUAUUUGGGUGAGACUUUGGUAGCGCUAGGACGCAGCUAUGAAGAUGAAAAUAAGAUCACAGAAGCACAAAAAGCAUAUGAAGACUGUUUAGCUAUCAUACCAUUUCAUGAAGAAGCUCAAAAUUCUUUAGAUUUUUUGAAGAGUAAAACCUCUACUACAAAACCAUUAAUAGAACCUGCAGAGCUUCUGUUGCCUGGUCUAACUGGCGCAAAGUCAUUUGAAAUGAAAGAAACUCUAAAGCAGCUACUGAAUUUAACAGAGAAAAAAGAUAAAAAAAAGAAGAAGAAGCGAGGAAAAGGGAAGAAAAAGAGGUCCAGUAGUUCUUCUUCAUCCUCCAGUGACUCUUCAAGUUCAAGUUCUUCAUCAGAAUCAUCAUCGUCAUCAUCUGAUACAAGUGAUUCUGAAGGACCAAACCGCAAGAAGAAACGACGUUCGCAAUCAAACAGCAAACGACAGCGCUCCCUGUCGCCGCUCAGCAAACGCAUGGCCAUCUUGGGUGACGCUGACUCAGCAUCCCGCACGCAUAACUCGCAGUUCAACCAUCCCUAUGGUUAUCAGCCACCUCCUCCACAAGUAGAAGAACGUAAUAGUGUACCAAUGCGGUCACAAGAAGAUAUUGAUUAUGAAAUGAAAGUACGCAAGUUCUUAGAGAUGACAAAAGAGGACUCCGACUAUGAAGACAAAGUGCGCAACUUCCUUGAAGAGACAGCCCAGUACAAAAGAAAUCGCAAAAUGCAAGAACUUGGCCAACAGCCUCAGCCAGGUGCUGAUCAUGAGAAGAAAAAAAAGAAGAAGAAAGACAAAAAAAAGAAGAAAGAGUCCAAGAGGAAGCGAAAAGAACAAGAAAGAGAGGAUAAAAGAAAGGCGAAAUUGGCGCGUUCAGCUGCUAAUAACUCUGAAUACAGCUUAAGGGACUUGGACACUAUAGGAGACAAGAAACUUAGAGAUGCUAUCAGGAAGGAAUUGAAAGGAAAAUCUAAAAGGGACCUCAGUUCCGAUGGGGAAUACGAGAGAAAACACAGUGAUAAGAGGUUAUUAGAUGACAUGCCGGGCUUAGAAGAAUUGGAAUCAAAACUUAGUGCAUACCAUGUGAUGGUGGAGAAGGAAGUAUUGGGCAAGCGUGACGGCCGCGGCUCAGUGAGCCCUAUCGACCAGGCGCCGCCACCGCCCCUUGAGAAACCCAAAUGGAAAAUGUCCAUGAGUGCUGUCAAAGACACUAGGGUUAAGAAGAAGGACACACCAACUCAAAAGGGUUAUAAGGAACGCUACGCAUUCGAAGACAGUUCUGAUGAUUCACAAGAGCAAACUAAACCCUCACCGUCGAGCGGCGACAAGAACGUGUCGGUGCGACGAGCGAUGGCGAUGAAGGAGCCGCCGCCGUUGCCGAGCGCGCCGCCAGGCGGCAAGUCGCGCGAGCCUGACCCGCCCGGCACCGAGCCUGCGCACCACUCGCACCAUGCGCACGCUCACCCGCCGCACCCGCCGGUUCGCAAAGGCAAUAUAGUCCUAGACAAAUUCGGUUCAUUCCGAUUGGCGCAGGAAGGCGAGACGCCAGUGUCGGUCGGCGACGGGCGGCCAGAACAGUUCGUGACCCGCAUAAAGCCGCCGUCUCCGUCAGGACGUCGGCCGCGCUCACCGCCCUCACCUCGCAGACACUCUUCUAAUUCUUCCGACGAAGACCGGCGCUCACCUAAAAGAUCUCGGAGCAGGUCGCGGCCGCGCAAGUACCGGUCGCGGGCGGGAUCGCGGUCGCGCUCGGGGUCGAGCGGCAGCGGGUCGCCGGCGUCGCGCCGCCGCCGCUCACCGUCCCCGCGCUCGCGAUCGCGCUCGGACGCGAGCCGCUCCUACUACUCGCGCAGCCGCUCGCGCUCGCGCUCCGGCUCCAGGGACAGAACACGUCGUUUCAACCGUCGUGGCAACUGGCGUGGGCGCGGCGGCUACGAGCGCGGCACGUACUACCGGCCGCGCUUCCACACGUACAACGGCAACAACCGCGGGCGCGGACGAGGCGACUUCCGGCGCGACGACGGGCGCCGCUUCCAGCACGAGUGGCGCGACAACCGCUCGCGCGGCGGCCGCCCCUUCCGCCCGCGCCGCGGCCAAGGCGGCCGGGGCAGGCCUUUCAGAGGCGGCUUCCGUGAUUUCCGCGACAGAAGAGGUGGACGGUACUCCCGUUCUAGAAGUCCAGACCGAACUCGACGCUCCAGAUCAUACAGCCCUGAAAGACGUGAUAAAGACAGAGACAGCUACUCUCGUUAUUCCGAACGCAACAGCCACCGCAGUGAAGGGGAGUAUGAGGAGGAAAGGUAUGUGGACAGAAAAGAAUACGACGGAAAGUGGGCCGAUGGCAACGAACCAGAGAGAAAUCAUGCUGAAGAAAAACCUGCUGAAGAACCACCCAAAGAAUAA